UACAAAACGUUGCGUCUGGACAGUGCUACACAUGCUUUUAUCAAAGCACAAAUCCCUCCCAGACAGCCAGACCUUUUCCCGCGUUACUUCGCGUAACCAGACUUUUUUCCCGCGUCAUGCGAAAGACGCGGGAAAAGGGUCUGGCUACGCAAGACUAACGUGCAGUAGAAGUGUGACAUGACGUUGUAAAUGGAUUUGGCUUUCAAUCAUGUGUGGUAUAUGGGCUAUUUUCGGUGCCAAACAAGACGUCAAACCACUGUCUGCCAAUUGCGCUAGAGUUGCUCAUAGGGGACCGGAUGCUUGGCGCAUCGAAUCAAUUCACGGGCUGAACAAUGCCUGUCUCGGUUUUCAACGUUUGGCCAUUAUUGACUCAACGUAUGGGAUGCAACCGAUGAACCUUAGAACCUAUCCUUAUCUCUGGCUCAUCUACAAUGGAGAAAUCUACAACUAUCAGAAACUGCAACAAGAGUUUGGCUAUAAGUACGAGACGUGUUGUGAUGGUGAAGCCAUCAUUCAUUCCUACGCAAAAUUUGGAGUGAAGAAGACUGUUGAAAUGCUUGAUGGUGUGUUUGCCUUUGUCAUUGUGGAUAUGAAGGAGAAAACAGUUCAUUUAGGAAGAGAUGUAUUUGGAAUUCGUCCCAUGUUUACCUUCUUUGACCAAGGAACAUUGGGUGUUUGUUCAGAAGCAAAGGGUCUUCUCAAUGUGCCACACGCAGAUGGUGUACUUGUCCAGCCAUUCAAGCCAGGUCAUGUCCAAUCAUUGGCUAUAAACAUGGAAGGGCAAGUUAUGUGGUCAGAGAGCUACCCAGUUGUCACUGUUGGUGGUUCUGACUUCAACAAUGUUGCUUGUUUGGUUCCUGAUGAUGUCUACUCUAACAUCAGGAUGCUACUGAAAGAAGCUGUCAAGAAGAGAUUGAUUUCUGACCGUCGUAUCGGCUGUUUUUUGUCUGGUGGUUUGGACUCUAGUCUCAUUUGUGCACUUCUUGCUGAAUGCAUGAAAGAAGAAGGAAUCAAGUACCCUCUUCAAACAUUUUCAAUUGGAAUGGAAGGUAGUCCUGACGUUGAAGCUGCUCGCAUCAUGUCAGCUUAUCUCAAUACGGAACAUCACGAAGUCAAGUUUACUCGGGAAGAAGGAAUGCAAGUUAUUCGUGAGGUCGUCUAUCGUUUAGAAAGUUAUGAUACUAUGGCUAUCCGUGACUCUAUAGCUAUGUACCUUUUAUCUAAAUAUGUGAAAGAAAAGACUGACACAAUAGUUGUGUUUUCAGGAGAAGGGUCUGAUGAGCUCUGCCAAGGUUACAUCCACUUUCACAAGGCUCCCUCACCAGAUGAAGCUGAUCUAGAGUCUCGUAGAUUACUGAAGGAGCUCUAUUUGCAUGAUGUUCUUCGUGCAGAUAGAAUGACAGCUGCCCAUGGGUUGGAACUUCGUGUUCCAUUCCUUGAUAAGUUCUUUACAUCCUAUUUCCUUUCUCUGCCAUGCGCGAUUCGACAACCAACAAAUGGUGUAGAAAAGAAUCUUUUGAGAAGUGCAUUUAGUGGAACUGGUUUGUUGCCUGAUCAAAUCUUAUGGAGACCAAAGGAAGCGUUUAGUGAUGGAGUUUUAGCAAAAGAGAAAUCAUGGUACACACUAUUACAAGAUGAAUUAGCCAGUAAGGUAUCUACUGAUGCUGUAGAAGUGGCAGCGUUACAAUUCAAGACUGGAGUGGUUCCCACAUCUAAAGAAGCGUAUUACUUUCGUGUUCUAUUUGAUGAAAUGUUUCCUGGACAUGCUCACUUCACUCCAUACUAUUGGAUGCCCAAGUGGACAGAAAAUGCUUCUGAUCCAUCACCAAGAGCACUCUCUUAUUACAAGUCAUAGAGUAUGUGCGGAUUUUAAGGAAACUUCUUGAUAGACAUUUCCUGAAAUAAUUAAUCUAUUACUGAGGAAACCAGUGGAUUCACGUUUGUCUUAAAAAGUAGCAAACAAUUUUUUAAUUUUAGUUAAACUGUUGCUUGAGUCGCUGUCAUGUGGCUGGGGCAUGUAUAUAAAGAGUGAAAAGGUAGUGAAG